CAGUCGGGGAUCGUUGCUAGAUCGUAAUGAGUUUGGCAGCUGGACCAUAUAAUUUCUCCAAAAUCUGUCAUGAGUUUGGAUAUUUCGUGAAUUGCCAUGCCAUACACACCAUAGAAUCACAUUCGCCCAUUAUUUCCCCGACGAAAUUUCAAGGGCCCGUAAAAUCCAUGCCAUAUGCUCGUAGCUAGGCCAAGCUGCCAGCAAUGGCUACCGCCACCGCCUCCCCCGGCCAAACACCGCCGGAGCCCCACGACAUUUCCAGCUAUACGAGCCACCACCGACCCAAGCUGCCUCCGACCAGAGCCAGCCCCAUCCGCCGCCGGCAAGAUUAAGCGCCUCGUUCUCACCCCGGAAUCAAGGACCAAACUUGACCCCUUCCCCGACCGGGAAUUCUACUCCUACCCGCGGUUCGUCACCCACGUGGACGACGGCUUCAUAGCCACGCUGACCGAGCUCUACAGGGAGAGGCUGCGGCCGGAGCACGAGGUCCUCGACGUCAUGAGCUCGUGGGUGAGCCACCUGCCGCCGGAUGUCAAGUACAGGAGAGUGGUGGGCCACGGGAUGAACGCGCAGGAGCUCGCCCGGAACCCGAGGCUGGACUAUUUCUUCGUCAAGGACCUGAACAAAGAGCAGACUUUGGAGCUGCAGUCCGCUAGUUUUGAUGCGGUCCUGUGUACGGUCAGCGUGCAGUACCUUCAGCAGCCGGAGAGGGUAUUUGCCGAGAUGUUUAGAGUACUGAGGCCUGGUGGAGUGUUCAUCGUGAGCUUCAGCAACCGGCUGUUCUACGAGAAAGCAAUCAGUGCAUGGAGAGACGGGACCGCCUAUAGCCGGGUCCAACUCGUUGUGCAGUACUUUCAGUGCAUCGAAGGAUUCACCCAGCCUGAGGUAAUCCGAAAGCUACCCAGCAGUGGUGGAGGUUUGCAGGAUGGGAACUCUCCAUUCGGUUGGAUCGCGAGAUUUCUGGGAUUGCUAAGCGGGUCGUCGGAUCCUUUCUAUGCUGUGAUUGCUUAUAAGAACUUCAAACCUGUAUUCGAAUGAAAUGUGUUGCAAAUGUUUCAAUUCUAAAAAGCACUACAAUUAAUGAAGUGCAUACAAGUAUAUAUGGCUGCAAGCUGUUAGAUGCUCGCCUCGGGCAGUCGCAUAAAUACGGGAUUGUUAUCGAUGAUCUCCUUAUUUUGUAGGACUAUUUUCCGACUAUUGGGUGUCUAUUAAGGCUGCGUUUGAAUUGUUAGUGUGAUUUUAGAAUCA